CUGAUCCGAUCCGCAGCCAGCCACGACUCGGUCUCUCCUCCGUUUCUUUGUUUCCUCGAGAAAUCGGAUGCGUGUUCCCCAAGUCGUCGUCGAGGGCUCCGGGGAUCGAUCAGUGAUCCUCGAUCCCCUCCUUCCUCGGUUUCCUUUCGAAUUCCAUCUCGAAUCGACUGAUUUCGCUGGUGAUCGGCCAAUCGCCUGAGGGAUUUUGGAAUCCAGCAGCUCUUGGGUUCUUCGAAUCCCUUCUCCUCGCGUGUUUUCCGGUCUGGUUUGGGAUUGCGAUGUAUAGCAAUUUCAAGGAGCAGGCGAUCGAGUACGUGAAGCAGGCGGUGCAGGAGGACAAUGCCGGGAACUACGUCAAGGCUUUCCCCCUUUACAUGAACGCCCUCGAGUACUUCCGCACCCACCUCAAGUACGAGAAGAACCCGAAGAUCAAGGAGGCGAUCACCCAGAAGUUCACCGAAUACCUCCGCCGCGCGGAGGAGAUCCGCGCCGUGAUCGAUGACGGUGGCAGCUCAGGUCCCGCUGCCAACGGGGACGCGGCCGUUGCCACGAGGCCCAAGACGAAGCCCAAGGAUGGAGACGGUGGCGGAGAGGAUCCCGAUCAGGCUAAGCUCCGGGCGGGGCUUACUUCCGCAAUCAUCACGGAGAAGCCUAACGUUAAGUGGAAUGAUGUUGCGGGGCUAGAGAGUGCCAAGCAGGCCUUGCAGGAGGCCGUGAUCCUACCCGUCAAGUUUCCUCAGUUCUUCACUGGCAAGCGAAGGCCAUGGAGGGCAUUUCUUUUAUAUGGUCCACCUGGAACUGGAAAGUCAUAUUUGGCAAAGGCUGUUGCUACAGAGGCAGAAUCAACCUUCUUUAGUAUAUCUUCUUCAGACCUAGUAUCAAAGUGGAUGGGUGAAAGUGAAAAACUAGUUUCCAACCUCUUCCAAAUGGCUCGUGAAAAUGCACCUUCAAUAAUCUUUAUCGAUGAAAUUGAUUCUCUGUGUGGCCAACGUGGAGAGGGCAAUGAAAGUGAAGCAUCAAGAAGAAUUAAGACAGAACUUCUUGUGCAAAUGCAGGGUGUAGGAAACAAUGAUCAGAAAGUUCUUGUUCUUGCUGCCACAAACACGCCAUAUGCACUGGAUCAGGCAAUCCGGCGGCGUUUUGAUAAGCGAAUUUAUAUUCCUCUUCCUGAUCAAAAAGCCAGGCAGCACAUGUUUAAGGUACACUUGGGAGACACCCCUCAUAACUUGAGUGAACGCGAUUUCGAGAACUUAGCUCGCCACACAGAAGGAUUUUCCGGCUCAGAUAUUGCUGUUUGUGUUAAGGACGUGCUGUUCGAACCAGUUCGAAAAGCUCAAGACGCUAUGCAUUUCUACAAGACCAGUGAAGGUAUGUGGUUGCCAUGCGGGCCAAGACAAUCCGGUGCUGUUCAAACCACAUUGCAGGAUCUGGCCGCGAAGGGUCUCGCUGAUAAGAUCCUUCCACCUCCAAUCGCGAGGACAGAUUUCGAUAAGGUGCUGGCGCGGCAGAGACCGACAGUUAGCAAAGCAGACCUAGAAAUCCAUGAGAAAUUCACAAAGGAGUUUGGAGAAGAGGGGUAAUUAUUUGGUUUUGAUCUCUGAGUUCUUCGGCUAAUGUCAUUGCAUAUUGUAGUUAUUUAUACUUGUUGCAUUAGCCUGCACAUAUUACUCGUCUGUGUGACUCCGAUAUGAAAUCUGAUUACGUUCA